AUUAUCCUUAAAUGGACUGGGCAAACUCGAAAGAAGCUGAUAAUUGAAAAAGACAGCGAAGUAAAUCUCGUGGCGAACACGCUAAAACGUUUAUGCAAUGGUGAUGUGUUUUGCUUAGAUACAGCAACGGCGUGUAAAGAGUCGAUUGAUGACAAAGCUAAGCAAUCUGUAGCGACUGACUCUGAAUUUUCAACUAUAUGGGUGGCAAUAAAUGGGAUUCAAGACGUGGUGACGGCCAAAUUGGAAGAAGUAACAUUAGCCCAUGACAACAAACUUAUAAGAAUAGAAGCUGAGGUAUGUAAAGUACGAUCUAAUUACGAAAGGAAAAUUGAAAAUUUGAAUAAUAAAUGUCAUGAAUUAUUGCUUAAACUUGAAUGUAAGAAGGCGCUUGAAGAUAAAGUAAAUAAACUUGAAGUUUUGGUUGGCAAACUUAAAGCCGAUAUACAGGAUCUACGAAAUGAGAAUGGUUUGUUCAAAUUGAAGCCACGGUUGUUUAAAAACUCCACGCCUAAAGUACAACAAAAAAACACCGGGAACAAUGACCUAGAUUUAAUUGGUACAAUUAACAUUCCUGAUGAACCGAUAACUAUUGUUGAUAAACAACCCCAGGAUUUAAAUAAAAAUUUAGAGUUAAACACCUCUCUCUCAGUUAGCAAUAAGACUUCUCGGGCCGACAAAGGAUCGGUGUAUAAUCCUCAGAUGAAUUCAGUUAUUGAAUGUAUUCAGGCAAGAAAUCAACCUAGAAGCAAUCCAUCGAGAGGGCCACGUACGAGCAAUGUUUCCAAACGUAAUUCCGCUAUUCCCAGCCAUCCUUUGCCCAAGCACUUGGUACCUUGCCCAUUUCUAAGACGGAGAGGCUUUUGCCUAAAGGGUCCCUUGUGUGACUUCCAGCACAAAGAUUCUCAAUCGUCUAAUAAUGCAACCAAUAAUUCGUCGAAUAACCCGUUCUAUUGUUUGUCCAAUAAUCGACCAAGAGUGUCCAAUAACCUACAGCGAUACCAUCAUAACUUGGGCUGUACAUCUUAUCCAAAUAUAUCACAACCUGUUACUAAUCAUUGUCCUUUUCCU